UUUUAGUAGACAAUCGACUAUAAGGGUUUAUUGAGGUGCAAACACUAUACCGUGCCUUCAUUCAUUAUAGAGCGGUUCGUCCAGACGGGAUGAAGUUCGACGAUAUUUUAUUGAAGCUCGGAGAGUUUGGGCCAUACCAAAAGAGGCUCUACUUCCUGCUGUGUAUUCCUGCCAUUAGUGUGGGAUGUUACAUGUUAAAUCUGGUUAUUAUUUUAGAAACCCCCAAUCAUCGGUGCAAGAUUCCUGGUUAUGACAAUGAUACAUACCACGUCCAAUCGCCCUACCACGAGUCAUUGAUUAAUACGACAAUACCACUUAACCCCAAAGACAAGAAACAGCCAUACGAGAAGUGCCAUCUGUACCACUAUUCCAAUGUCACAAAUACAGUGGAGCGGAUCAAAUGCAACGAAUGGGUGUAUGACCGCAGCAUUGUGCAUGAAACAUUUACAACAAAGGCCAACCUUGUUUGUAAUGACGCAGCAUGGACCUCACAUAUAAAGCUCAUCUUCUACAUUGGGGUCUUGGUCGGUGACAUCGGCUUUGGUUUGAUUGCUGAUAUGAUUGGAAGGCGCAAGACUUUAAUGGCGACAGUACUUCUCUGGAAUGUGUCUGGCUUUGCAGUGUGCUGGGCUCCUGAGUACAUCAGUUUUAUCAUUCUAGAAUUCAUUGUUGCUGCAGCUCAACAUGGUGCUUUUAUGGUGUGCAACGUAAUGUGUAAGUUAUAAAGACAAGAAAAAAGA